AUGGGAGGCGAUGGCCUGGAGAAGCUGUACCGCCAGCAGGAGGCCUUCGCCCAGAGCUUUGAGGCACUCUCUGCGGCCUACGAGGGCAUCGCUGCAGCCAUCAAGGACUUGGGAGUAGAUAUCAAUGGCUCUCUGAAUGGCUCUUCUGGACACGGCGGAGAAACCGCGUUGGCCUUGCGGGCUGACAAAGCAGGUGUCCAAGGGCACACUGAGAAGUUUGAACUUUCUGCGGACGGAGUGCCGAAUAUGACGACGCGUGCUCCAAAGGGCCGCAACACUGUCUUCGGCAAGCGACAGCGUUCGGAGAGCGCUUUUCCGCCACAGAAAGGCAUGCGCCUGCUGGAUGAUUGGAGUGAGAGCUUUGUUGUCAGCGAGCAAGAUGCCACGAUGAUGUACAAUCAUCUCUAUGGUAUGAAAGGCACCAAGACGACCACAGCUGCCAAGCAUUCAAGCGUGCACGAGCUGGGUCUUCAGGGCUAUGUGGAAAACGUCAAUUGGAGUUACACUUGGCAGAUCUUGACUUUGAUUCUGGUGGCUGCGGACACCAUGCUCAUCCCGGUGACUCUUGCCUGGCCAGAUACAGACAUACGUAUCCUCCUCCUUUACUUCCAGGUGGCGCCCGCCUUUUGGAUCUUCGAUAUUCUCUUCAAUGUGGUCAUCCCUCUUUGGUUUGCAAAAGGAGUGCUGAGGGACAAGCUGCAAAUCCUGCGGCCUUAUGUAUGUCGGAGGCUUCCAAUUGAUGCCUCACUGGUGACCUUGGACCUGCUGCUGCUCGGGCGAGUCUUGCCGGAGGAUUUCCGCAUCUUCAGCUUGCUGCGGCUGAUCCGUUUGACCAAGAUGCGGAAGAUCCUUGCGGCAUUUGAAAGUCGGCUGGCAGCGCGGGGCAACAUCAAGCUCACGCAGUACUUGAUAAUUCUCCAGUGCAUCGCGCAAGUCCUCACUGUGAACCAUGUACUGGCAUGCACCAUUUUCUACGUUGGCCGAAUUGGUCAGCUGCGCGAGUGGGCAAACUGGAUAGAUAGAUACAAUGCACUUGAACAUGGCGGCUUUCUUCAAUACAUGAUGUGCUUCAACUGGGUCAUCGCGGAGUACACCCCAGCACCAUGGCCCUACCAAGCGCAGAACGAGCUGGAGCAGACAAUGAUCAUCAUCAUCAUCCUCACCUGCCUGCCUCUCCUGGGAGCCCAGAUCGGGAAGAUCGGUGGGACCUUGAACAUGAUGAAGGAGAAAGCCAAGGAGCGUGACAUGGUGCGAAGAGAUUUGCAAAGAUGGCUGGUCAAGACAUCGGCGCCAGAGAAGCUGACAAGGCGCAUGUUGGAGUCGUUGGACGACGUGUUGGGCUCCGCGGACUCGCCUUUGGACGUGAAGGAGCCCAUGGCGCUGAAGUUCCUGCCGUCCACGUUGCUGGAGGAGCUGCGCGUGGUGAAGACCGGGGAGAAGCUCUCCAAGCACCAGCUCUUCACCAUGCUCAUGGACGACCGGGUCGGCAUCUCGGGCCCCUUGAGCUCCGCCUUCCGCACCGUGUCUGUGGUCCAGGGCGAACAAGUCUUCAGCUUCAGCCGAAAAGCAGAAGGCCUCUAUAUCACGCUGGGUGGCAAGUUCUUGCUGCAUUAUGGCAAAGGGUUUGUGAAGAAGGAGGUGGAGGGAGGCGUAGUUAGCGUCCGGUCUUCUCUAAGCAGCCGAAAAGAGGAGUCAGGAGAAAUCCUGCCGGCAGGGUCUUGGCUAGCAGAGCUUUCUCUAUAUGCCAACAUGACUCAUUCGGCAGCUGUCUCUGCCAGAGCAUACUCCAAAAUAUUGAUGAUACCGGUUUCGGGCUUCGUGAAAGCUGUGCGAGAGUCGCCUGCUGCCGUAGUGGCCGUUCAUGAGUACGCGGUGCGACUUUUGUCACUGUAUCAGAAGCAGUUCUCCUCGGAGGACACAUGGGAGCUGCUCCCUGAUGAAAUGGUCGAAGAGUCGGUGAGCAACACCCAGCUCAGUGAGCUGCUCAUGCCAGGAUCUGGGCGGAUGCACAAUUUCAAGUCCUCCGAGGAGACGGACUUCACCAACUUUUUGGAUGAAGUGAUGGACAAAGCGCUCUCCAACGAAGAAGUCAUAGAGUCCAUCAAGAAGCGGAUCCCAGAGUUGCGGCCGGAUGGUCUCUACUCCCAGUUGAAUUUUGAGGAGGAGGGUGACCGAGCAAUUCUUUCCAUGCUCAGCACGCUCUGGAUUUUGAAGGACCAAUACCAAGACAUGGUCGACUGCCAAAGGAUGACGCAACGCCUCACAGACAAAACCUUCAAAGCAAUCCAGGAGUUCAUCGGCGCCAAGCGCAUGAACAAGGCGCAACUCACGGCGAUUCUGGUGCUUUUGGCGCUCCGCGGCUUGAGCAAAAGCUCCGAUUUUUCCAAGCUGUGCCCUCCGAGUGAGCGCCGAAACCCGGAGCAGGUCCUCAGCUACGCCAUUUGCAAUUUGGAUGCAUAUCUGCCUUCCAUCGCAUGCCUGGGCCCGGAGACGUACACCUACGUGGUGAACACCGUGCGCAUGCUCAGCGAAUUCAACUUCGCACAACUCCUACAAGGAGAGAACAACCCUCACUCGGUCUGGCAACUGCAAGCAAGUCUCCAAGAAGAAGGAGAAACAACCUUUCAGAUGUUCCUCUUCAUUCAGGUCAGUAUUCUAUGUGGCGUCACAUCUCACAUCACCAUGCGGGGCUCUAUGUUCCUGAACGAGCUGAACGGUCGAUCGGUGGUGAAGGGUCUUGUUUGCCUUCAGGAUAUUUUGGACUCAGACCCACAGACGGUGUACUGGCGGUAUAUCGCCAGUCGCGCUGAUGCGCUGAACAUGCAGGUAACGACGCCGAGCCACUUGGUUUUGGCCAGGCUUGCCUGCCUCACUCGCACAGUCGAGCCUCCAGCUCUGCAGUCUCUGGCCAACGACUGGGAGGAGCUGACAAGUAGAGAACAAGACGCGUUAUUAGAAGUGUUCCUGACCGACGGGCAUUUGCAGAAAGCCUUCAUUUUCCUGUACCUGCCUUUGUUCCUGACCAACGCGGUGGCCAAUCAGGACAUGGGGCUUCGGCGUGGACUGCAGUUCUUGGUGGAGCUCUACAACAAGUUGUUGAACCACCGCUGCCUCAACAACCAGGACAGCUACACGGUGAAAGUGGACAUCUCCUCCUUGGCAGCAGCGGUCAAAGAUGUGGAUGAUGUGCGCGUGCUGCGUCAAUGCCUGGAUUAUUCUCGGAUCGUCAAGCAUGGAAAUGGCAUCACUGUGCUGCUCACAGCAGAGAGCUACCAAAUCCUAUCAGGUCAGCUCGUGGCAGAGAGCCGCAGCAACGACAUGCUUGAGAUGUUGGCAGCUCAGCAGCUUCGCCUAGAAAACGCAUUGAUUCAGAAGAGGAAGUCCAAGGCGCUGGUGCUGGGGCCGGGCUCCGCAAAAAUUGAAGAUGUUGUGUCUGAGCUGUUCUGA